AUGCUCAUCCCCCUGGAGACCGGUCAGGUGGACAUGGAUGUGAAGGUCGUGAGCAUCGAAACCUGGGACCACGUGAGGAAGACCAACCUGGUCCAGCUUAAUAGACAUAGGAAAACUCAUAGUGGAGAGAAGCCUUAUAUAUGUCAGGAGUGUGGUAAUGCCUUUACUCGAUUCUCAGGCCUCAGUAUACAUAGAAGUAUUCACACUAGAGAGAAACCAUAUAUAUGUAAGGAAUGUGGAAAGGCCUUUACUCAAGCCUCAGGCCUCAGUGUAUAUAGGAGAAUUCACACUGGAGAGAAACCGUAUAUAUGUAAGGAAUGUGGGAAGACCUUUGCUGUAGCCUCAAGUCUUAGUGCACAUAGGAGAAUUCACACUGGAGACAAACCAUAUAUAUGUAAGGAAUGUGGAAAGGCAUUUACUAGAGCCUCAAAACUUACUGUACAUAGAAGAAUUCACACUGGAGAGAAACCGUAUAUAUGUAAGGAAUGUGGGAAGGCCUUUGCUGAAUCCGCAAGACUUAGUGUACAUAGGAGAAAUCACACUGGAGAGAAACCGUAUAUAUGUAAGGAAUGUGGAAAGGCCUUUGCUUGGGCCUCCACAUUUUAUGAACAUAGGAAAAUUCACACUGGAGAGAAACCGUAUAUAUGUAAGGAAUGUGGGAAAGCCUUUGCUGUAGCCUCAAAACUUAGUGUACAUAGGAGAAUUCACACUGGAGAGAAACCGUAUAUAUGUAAGGAAUGUGGGAAGGCCUUUGCUACAUCCUCAAAACUUACUGUACAUAGGAGAAUUCACACUGGAGAGAAACCGUAUAUAUGUAAGGAAUGUGGGAAGUCCUUUGCUGAAUCCUCAAACUUUAGUGUACAUAGGAGAAUUCACACUGGAGAGAAACCGUAUAUAUGUAAGGAAUGUGGGAAGUCCUUUGCUGAAUCCUCAAACUUUAGUGUACAUAGGAGAAUUCACACUGGAGAGAAACCGUAUAUAUGUAAGGAAUGUGGAAAGGCCUUCACUUCAUCCUCACAAAUGACUGUACAUAGGAGAAUUCACAGUGGAGAGAAACCAUAUCUAUGUAAGGAAUGUGGGAAGGUCUUUGCUGAAGCCUCAGAAGCGGUGGCCACCGGGACGCACGGAAAGAUUCAGGCGGCAGCCUUGAAGGCUUGGAAGGGUCUCCCAACCAAGAGUUCCGUUGUCACCUCUCUUUCCAAAGUCCACCAGGGCCCUAACGAGCCCUACAAUGACUUUGUUGGCCGCCUAGGGGAGGCUGCUGAGAGCCUCCUGGGGGGAGGCGACACUGAUAACGACUUUAUUUGCCACUUAGCCUAUGAAAAUGCUAAUUCUGUCUGCCAGGACGUCCUUCGUACUCAUAAAGGAGGCAAGACCCUCUCUGACUACCUCUGCCUGUGCGCCGAUGACGACAAGUACUGGGAAAUUUACCAUAAUGGCCGUUGA